UUCCAGUUCCUCCCCCAGGAAUAUCAGCCGGUCUCGAGUUCCACUCUAUCACAAUAAGACUUACCAAUACCCUCUGGGGUUCUCUGUUCAGUUUGUAUAGUAUCAUGCUCAGGCAUCAUACAUAAGCCAUGUCGUUUCCAUCAGAUACAUCCCGCUUUCCAACAAUUGGAGAGCCUGGCCAAGACCGGCCGGCAAGCCCAUCAGCUAGGGGGUACUCGACCUCAGUUGGAAAUCACUCGCAUUCGGGUCCUGGCACGGAUACACGCGAGGAAAAGCAGGAAGUUUCGCAGGAUGCUGCUAGACUAUUCAUCAGCUCAACCAUUUCACGGGACGAGACUCUGAGUCAAGCCCGGCAAAAACAAAGGAUACUAUCAAACCUUAAGGAUCAAUUAACAUCUGGAAGUCUUCAACUCAACAGUUCUAGAAGGUUACAUAGCCACUCACCACUUGAGCAGCCUGAGCGUGGUAGGAUGCCACAGAACAUGGUCGGUAUUCCGCCAGAGUUCCCUCCUUCCCGGGCUCCUAUUAUAAUAUCACCCAGAUCGCGUUCAUCUUCCAGAUCACCACGUUCCAGAUCCCCUCCAUCCAAGGCAUCGAAGGACACAAAAUGGCGGAAAAUGCUAAGAUCUGAAAGGGAGAUGUCUUCGGAUGAACUUCCGAAAGAGGAGAAUGUGGGACAAGUCGAGCAACUAAGCAGCAAUAACCGUUUCCGUGGCGAUGAGAAGGGAAACGUGUUUGACCAACUAGCCCCCGAAGAAGAGAGAAGCCCCAACCAGGGUGUCAGCCUUGCCGAGACUCUCGCCUCGAUGACAGAGAAGCAUCUCGGCAUUGACGUCCUGGAUCAAAGCAGAGAGAUAUCUAACUUCGUGUCAUAUCUUCUUGACACGAUCCAGAUUCUGCAGAGUCAAGCAGACUGUCGCGAUGCUGAUAGCUCCGGGAGUGACUCUGGUAGUGACUUGCAAGAUGAAGAGUUGGUUAUCAGCAAACCUUUCGGUUAUCAAGUUGUUCAUCGAAUUUUGUGUUCAGCAAUUCUUCAUAAUCACGACGGGACACUGGGUGAAAAUGAACCAGUGAAUCGAAAGAGCAGGGCAUCUCGCAACAUGAAAUGGCUUCACGCCGAAAAGGAGAUCCUCAAUCUCCACACAUGGCUAAUUAAACGGCCAUCGCUUUGCUUCAUUGUCAUCAAAGAGCAUCGCUGCGCUCAAGAUCAGAGGGCCGAAAUUCAAAGAUUUAGAGACCGAAAUCACGUUACCCCCUCAGGCAGGCAAGAGAAACUCAGAGUUGUGUCACCCGAGCUCCUCAAGGCUUUGAGGCAGGUUGCAGAGUUUCAAAUCUACCGUGACAGUGAGCUUGGGCCUGUGCCAGAAAUGGAGGCCCCGUACCUAUUUCUGUUCCAUCACCGAAGAAAGCUAGAGGCACUAGCAGAAACCGGGUCAUUUCAAGAGGUUAUUUUGCCUUUGAUGGGAUUUCUCAAGCAACAUUACGAGGCUGAAUAUACGGAGGCCGAGGAAAUGUUUCUCCAGGGACACGUCAACGAUUACCAUAUCCACAAGUUGUUCAAGCCGAGUCAAAUGGUUCUAAAAAGACGGAAAGGAGAGCCACAAGUCGCUUUUGUGUUGGAAAAGUACAGCCUGGCUAGACAAGAAGAUAUUACACUUCAAGGCUGGAACUGGCACUACAAUGGCCACGAGUUGCAUCGAGCAAUGCAAUUUGAGGCGAUUGCAUUUGUACCUGAGGAGAGGACGAAGAUAUGUGACCUUGACAUUCACCCGGUUGAGUAUGCUAGAGAAGAAGACAUCAAAGCAUUGACUCAGAGGGGGAAUAAGUUUUGGAGCAUGAGAGAUCAAGUGUACACCUGCUAUACAGGGUGGGAAAGGGGGUCAAAACAUCAAUACGUGUCUGCAAGGUUCAUGAUAGAUACGGCAACGUACCAAAUCAUGCAUGGCCACUCUACGAACGCGGCUUCUGAACCACCGUCUAAAACUGACCCAUGGCCUAUGAGGGUCAACCGUCGAGAAGACUUGCCGCACAAAGCUGAGAUGCUACUGCCAGCCACUGUCUAUGGCUUCAAUCUCAAAGAAAAGAAAUGGGCCAAUUUGUAUGUCAAGAAUAUUCAUGAAGUGGACUGGAACUUCAAGGCAUUUGACCGUCUUGUCUUGGAUGCCAAGACCAAGGAAAUGAUCCGUGCACUCGUCGAUGUGCAGACAUCGGCAAAGAAGAUGGACGACAUCAUCACUGGGAAGGGCAACGGCCUGAUAAUACUCCUCCAUGGAAGUCCGGGGACUGGAAAGACAUUGACGGCAGAAAGUGUCGCCGAAAUCGCAGAAAAGCCGCUGUACCGAGUCACCUGUGGAGACAUUGGCACUGAUGCGCGUGAUGUGGAAAAGUACCUUGAGACAGUGAUGUACUUGGGGAAAACUUGGGAUUGCGUUCUCUUACUGGAUGAAGCAGACGUCUUUCUGGAAGAGAGAACUAUGGCAGAUUUGCAGAGAAAUAGUCUGGUAUCCGUCUUCCUACGACUCCUUGAGUAUUACGAAGGAAUUCUCAUCUUGACGUCCAAUCGCGUUGGAACCUUCGACGAGGCAUUCAAAUCUCGUAUCCAGGUGGCGAUUCACUACGAUAAUUUGACCAAGAUGUCACGUAAAGCAAUAUGGCAGAAUUUUUUCGACAUGAUUGAGGAGUCAACCGAGGAAGAUGCCAACAUGCCGGAACUAGAGAGAAGACUUGAUCAGUUGGCAUCGGAAGAGAUGAACGGCAGACAAAUCCGGAAUGCGCUGCUCACUGCGCGACAACUUGCGAAACACCGCAAAGAGCGAUUGGAUUGGGAGCAUCUGAGCCAAGUUAUCAAAACUUCUGCUGCUUUCAACAAGUACCUGAAGGCAGUGCGUGGGCAUACUGAUGAGCAGUGGGCAAGAGGGGAAUCGCUGCGUUAAGCGUAUAGAGCACAUCUGAGUGUCUUUCGAAUGAUAGAAACAACGGAAUAGUCAAUGGGUUUUUGUUUAAGCUCUUUCACUUCAACUAUGAUUAAUUAAAUGCGGCAAAGCUUAUUCCUCCAGUCCUGAAUCCACCAAAAAAACGAGGCACCGAGCGUUUUCAUAGUUGGGUUUCAGAUUUCCAC